AAUAUCUUAUGGAAACGAAUAUAACCACGUACGUCCACCAUAGAAGCACUGCAAUUUUAGCACUAAAACGUCUUGAUAUUUUUUGUCAACGUCUUAACAUUUUUAACUCUAAUUUCUCCAACCAUUCCAUCAUAUUAUGUACAUAUAUGUAUGUAUUCACUAACGCAUAUAUAUAGAGACAAUUAGUCAUCUAUCAUUUUAUCCCACACUUAUCUCUUCCAAUCUCCUCUCUCAAAACCAAACAUAAAAAUUUUAUAAGGAAAAGUUAUAAAAAAAAAAACUAUAUCUCUCUUCUUUUGCCACGUAGACAUGGACGUCGAACAUCACAAAUCCGGCCACAUCAGUAGACCAACGGUGGAUAUUCCACCGAGAAAGCUUCUUUCCUCCGCCAAGUCUCCGUCGUCAGUUUCAAGUCCCCUUCGGAACUAUAAAGAACAGAAAGACUAUUGUUACGACUCUGACUCGGAAGAUCCUUACGCCGGAGACCAUUUUCGUAUGUACGAAUUCAAGAUCCGACGGUGCACGCGCAGCCGUAGCCACGAUUGGACCGACUGUCCUUUCUCGCAUCCUGGCGAAAAGGCUCGUCGUCGUGACCCUCGCCGGUUUCACUACACCGGCGAAGUAUGUCCUGAGUUUAGCCGCCACGGCGGUGAUUGUAGCCGUGGCGACGAAUGCGGAUUUGCUCACGGUGUUUUCGAGUGUUGGCUCCACCCGAGUCGGUACCGUACGGAAGCUUGUAAAGACGGUAAGCAUUGUAAGAGGAAAGUCUGUUUCUUUGCUCACUCUCCACGUCAGCUGAGAGUUCUUCCACCGUCGCCGGGGAAUCUCGUUUCCGGUUGCGGUGGAUCACCGUUGUCAUCGCCGGCGUCCGUGUUAAGUAGUAAAAAUAACCGGUGCUGCUUGUUUUGUUCCCACUCUCCGACUAGUACUCUCUUGGGUUUAUCAAUAUCACCGUCUUCAUCUCCGCCUCUGUCUCCGGCUGAUAAAGCCGCUGCAUUUUCACGGCUGAGCCGCCGUCGCACGGCCGUACUAAACGAACUGAUUAGUUCUUUAGAUUCCUUUAGUCUCACGGAAGCACUCGCGGCUUCUUCGUCGUCUCCUGUUACCAUGCCUACUUCCACUGCGGCGAUGAUCGCUUCAUCGAGUCUAAGCAACCACCUCCACCACCGUCUUCCACCGUGGCUUGAUGUCGGAGACAGAGAUCUCCAAUUACAACAGAGUAGUCCUCCACAAUUUGCUCUUUCCCUUUCUUCUACUCCAAGUAACCUCCAUGGUCAGCUUCAACCGCCGCCGUCGAGCUUCUUUAGCGAUGAAUUCACACCACGUGGUGGCCAGUUAAGCGAUUUCACGGCGGCUGCAGCUGCAGCUGCGGCGGCCAAAGCUAGGGAUAAGAAUAGCUAUGAAGUCGGUUCUAGUGGCGAUCUUGAUCUCGGAUGGGUGAACGAUCUCUUGACAUGAUCAAUGUGACGUCAACGGUGAAUAAUCGGAGAUAUUUUACGGCGGCAAGUAAUACACGACGGUGGAGUUCCGUCGUGAAGCCAUUGUUUAUUGAAAAUUGUUAAUUUUUACGAUUUUUUCCAUGGAGCUAUAAUUAAGAGUCUGUACUAUGUCGUGCCUUAAAAAAUAUAAUCAUGUAAGUUAUUUUUGUUAAAUAAGAGUCCAUAACUUCGAUUGUUAUAAUAUUGAUCUCUUGGAACUUGUAAUAAGUUACUAUCCUUGUGAUCGAAUUUCUAUGUAAUGUUUACUUCAAAAUAUCCUGUUUAAUAAAAAAAAGAUGUUGUAGUUAA